AAUAGGAAAGCAAGCGGGAAGCGCAGGAGUGAGGGAAUAAAAGCGUGAUUUGGCAUUGGCUUGAGAAGAGAAGAAAAAUGGCGAACAAGACGAAGAAAGCAAUGAGCCUCAACGAUAGUCACUAUCGCUUCCUCCAAGAUCACUCUGCUCCUCCCAAGCCCUCUUUCGAUGAAUCCUCCACCACAAACCAACAACACCAAAACAUCCCUCACUUUUCCAUAAUCACCGAUUUUGAUUCUCCAAUCGGGUUCAACACGGACGAACCAAACAAGGAACAACAACAAGCUUCAUCCAACGAUGUUCCCCAUCUUUAUGUUCAAUCUUCCGCUACUCCUAGGCAAAAUUCGGAUGAGAAACACGAACCGAUCAAGCUUCAAGAACAACAAGAAGCUCCACCUCACGUGGCUAUUUCUUACCCUAAGGAAAAAAAGAAGACGAAGGUGAAAGGGCAGGGGCGACGCCGCCUCUGCAAGGUUGUGCAUGAAGAUGCCAGCAAAAGUGUGGCAGUUGAUGAGUCCAAGUUUGAUGAACUCAUCGACCUUGAUUCGCCGGUUCCGGGCCCGAGGAACACAAUCCAGAUUGAGGAGAGUGGGGGCAAGAACGAAAUUAGGGAUAUUUUGAAUGAAUUGAACUCCAAGUUUGAGUUGUUAUCGGUUGAGAGGAAGCCGGCUCCGAAGCGUGUUGAGGGUUUGGUUGGAGGGAAAGAAAGUUGUGAUGACGAGGGUUUAGAGUAUGGGAGUGCAGGGUCUUCGUUCUCUCAACCACAGGAGAGCUUGUCAGAGGGUGCUAAGAAUGAUGGGAGUGGCGGUAUUGAGUAUGAUUCAGAUGACUCUGUUCAAGAGGUGGAUCAUUUUGAGCCUGAGAAUGAUGGGUCUAUAACUUUGACUGGCCCCAGAUCGACUUACAAGUUGCAGGCUAAAAUUGCAAAAAUGUUGUAUCCGCAUCAGCGGGAGGGAUUGAAGUGGCUCUGGUCUUUGCAUUGUCUGGGAAAAGGUGGAAUCUUGGGGGAUGACAUGGGUUUGGGGAAAACAAUGCAGAUGUGUGGCUUUCUAGCUGGACUCUUUCAUUCUCGUUUAAUUAGAAGGGUAUUGGUUGUAGCACCGAAAACCUUAUUGCCACAUUGGAUUAAAGAAUUGGCAGCUGUUGGUCUAUCCGAGAAGACAAGAGAAUAUUUUGGAACUUCUACGAAACUCAGAGAAUAUGAACUUCAGUACAUACUUCAGGACAAAGGAGUUCUUCUCACAACAUAUGAUAUUGUCCGCAACAAUUCUAAGUCCUUACGGGGGGAUAAUUAUUUUGAUGACGAUGAAAGUGAAGAUGGCACUACAUGGGACUACAUGAUACUUGAUGAAACAAAAUUACACGAAAAGGUUGGGCCUAAAAAUGUUGAUUUAGUUGUGUUCUUCCAAAAGAAGGAAAAUGGAUUCAAUGAGGAAGAUUUAACUGUAUAG